CCUCUCCCAACAGAGGGGCAUUCACAUAGUAAGACUCUUUUGAGGACAUGUCCAGUCAUGAUACUAAACUUGUUGCUAGAUUUGCUUGACUUAAAAGGAUGGUUAGUGGUUUUUUGUGUUCUCUUGAUUGUAGUGGAUAUAGUCAAAAACAAAGAUCCUCCCAAUUAUCCACCUGGACCAUGGCCUCUCCCAGUAGUUGGGAAUGUCUUCACAGGAGUAGAUUUCAAAACUAUGGACAAGCUGGCUGAGGUGUAUGGAGACGUGUACAGCCUGAGGUGGGGCAGUGAAAAAACAGUGUUUAUAUCAGGAUACAAAAUGGUGAAGGAGGCCCUGGUUACUCAGUUGGACAGUUUUGCAGACCGACCAAUCGUUCCUCUUUUCCACAAGGUCUUUAAAGGGAUUGGUAUUGCCUUGAGUAAUGGGUAUAUGUGGAAGGUGCAGAAGAAAUUUGCCAAUGCCCAUCUGAGACACUUUGGCGAAGGAAAGAAAACCCUGGAGCUUCACAUUCAGCAAGAGUGCCACUACCUUUGUGAAGCAUUCAAGGAGGAACAAGGAGAGCCGUUUGAUCCGCAGUACACGCUGUGCAGUGCAACAGCAAAUGUCAUCUAUUCAGUCAUCUUUGGGCGUCGGUUUGAGUACAGUGAUGAGCAGUUCCAGAACGUUCUCCGGGCAGAUGCUGAGGCGGUUAUAUUGGCAGGGACUGCACAGGCACAGCUGUACAAUGCCUUCCCAGGCCUCUUCCACUACCUGCCAGGUCCCCACCAGACCGUUCACUCCAACUAUCAGAUAUUCAAAGACUUCCUGCGACAGCAGAUUCUGAAACACGUUGAGGACAGGGAUCCGUCAGACCCACGUGAUUAUGUAGAUGUGUUUCUGGGUGAAAUGGAGAAGAGUACUAAUGAGGAGGCAGGAUUUAAUUUGGAGAACCUGAUUGUCUGCACCCUCGACAUGGCUGAGGCUGGCACAGAGACUGUUGCCACUACAAUGCGCUGGGCCCUGUACUUCAUGAUGAAGUAUCCUGAGAUGCAGCAAAAGGUCCAGGCUGAGAUAGACAAUGUGAUCGGCCAGUCACGGUUCCCGAACAUGACUGACAGACCUAAACUGCAUUACACUGAAGCAGUCAUCCAUGAAACUCAGAGGUUGGGAAAUGUUGUGCCACUAGGAUUUCCAAAAAUGGCAUCCAAAGACACCACCCUGGCUGGAUACUUUAUACCCAAGGGAACAGCGAUAACCGCAAACCUGUCAUCUGUGCUCCAUGAUAAAAGUCAGUGGGAGACACCUGAUGUGUUUAACCCUGAACACUUCCUGGAUUCCGAGGGACACUUCCGCAAGAGAGAUGCUUUCUUUCCGUUUUCAGCAGGGAAGAGAGUUUGUCUAGGAGAGCAGCUGUCUCGAAUGGAACUCUUCCUGCUGUUUGCCUCGCUGCUGCAGAGGUUCACCUUCUCCGCAGUCCCAGGUGUGGAGCUCAGCUUGGAGGGAGUGCUAGGCUUCACCUACUCGCCUCCUCCCCACAAGAUCUGUGCCAAGCCUCGGUGAUGUCCAAGCCCUCUUCCUUCAGAAACACACAAAGAAACAAACAAAGAUAGUCUCAACAUAAUACUGGUAUAGGAUCACUUUGAACAUUAACAUCCUGAAAUGGAUGUCAUAUCAUGUGAACCAUAGAACCAUGUAAAGGCGAGAUGUUUAUUUAGAUUAAUGUCUAGCAUGCAUGUCUGAUUGUGAAAAACCUAGUCGUCAUAUAUAAAUCACUGUGUAGUCAAAAAAGUCUUAAAUAGAAAUAGCUCUUUCUUAAGCUGAUGAUACAAAAGGCUACUUUUUGUAGGCUUUUUUAUCUAUGUUUAUGGGUAAUUGUUGCGUAUUGUUGUUUGGGCACAUUUCAAUUGACAUUGGACUUUUGUAAGUGAAGGAUUACUCAUAUAUCCUUCACUUACAAAUAUAUUCCACAGAUACUAAACCUUCCACAGUUGCUUGUCUUUGAAUUACAAAGCUAUUCUGCCAUUACGAAUCUCUGCCGCUCGCACAAGUAAAUUUUCUGCAAGUACAAAUACUUAUGAGACUGUUCUGGCACUUCCUGUUGAAUAGCCUAUGGCUAUGCUAAGGUUUGGCUAUUCAACAGAAAGUGCCAGAACAGUCUUUUGAGUCUAAUAUUCUUCCAUAGUAUGUAAUUUGGCUUCAAAACAAAUGCACAUGUGCAUGUCCAGGGGGAAAGGCUCAAGCCAUGAGAAGUAUUUACAAUGGAAAGGUAAAAUAAAAGUAAAGUAAAGAUGCCUUUAAAAAAUGUGUGAGAGUGUGUAUUCACAGUGCCCUUCACUAGUAUGUAUUUUGUGUUUUCUGUGGUGAUAGAUUGCCUCUUUUGCAAGUGGAGGGGUAUAAGUGCAGAAAAGGAAUGUGUGGACUUCUAUUCACCCUUAGGUUUUCCAGGAAAACUUGUCUGAAUCCAGUUUACAUAACCAGCUGUCCAGCUGACGCACCCCCUCCACACACACACACACACACACACAUACACACACACACACACACACACACACACAUUUUUAAACAGAGCGACAGCUCUCUUCCUGUUCUCACGGGAAGCAACCCCAGAGCUUGCUAAUGCUCUCACACACAACAGUCUGCAGGGCUUUUGUUGGUCCUGACCGAGCUUGUAUGUGGUCUCCUGGGCUGCUGCCUGCCUGUGAAACCUUUAAAUAGUCUAUUACAGUAUAUUGUGUGAGUGCUGGGUGGGUUUGCCUUUGUUAAGGGCUUCUGUUUGUUAUUUUACAUAAUGUUAUGUUUUGAAAGCACAUUAUUUUAAACAUGCCUGUUUAGCUGUUCAACAAUCAUGUCUGGAAUAAAAAGGGGUAGUUAGUUUCACAUAGUAUAAGUGCUUGAUAUUGAACAUGAGCCUGUGUGUCUGAAAAUAAAAUAUUGUAUUUCAUCAUU